AAUAAAAGGAAUGAUUCCACAAUCACCUGUGCGGACACCAGGAAAGCAAGUAUCCUCCUCAUUCGCAAGAUUUAUGUUCUGAUGCAAAACCUGAGUCCAUUACCAAAUGAUGUUUGCCUGACUAUGAAGCUGUUUUAUUAUGAUGAAGUUACACCACCUGAUUACCAACCUCCUGGUUUUAAGGAGGGUGAAUGUGAGGGGAUGAUAUUUGAGGGAGAGCCUAUGUAUCUGAAUGUGGGUGAAGUGCCAACGCCUUUUCAUAUGCUGAAAGUUAAAGUUACAACUGAAAAGCAACGAAUGGAAAAUGUUGAUAAAAGCAUCUUAAAGCAUGGAGAGACUAAUGUGCCUCUCCAGGUGCUCAGAGUGGACAGAGAUGAUCCAGAAGAGGAGAACCAGGACACGAAUGAAGAUCCUGUCUUGGAUAAUAAAGUGGAAGAUAGGAAUGAUAUAAAUAUUAGAGAAGCUCAAGAACCAAAUUUAACUUGUGAAGAAGAUGAAGUUACAGAGGCUGGAGGGAAGCAGAAUCUGUAUGUUUCUAAUCCUCAGGUUGAUCACUUGGCAAGACAGACAUCUGAACUUAAUGUGUCAGAGAGCAGGACAAGAAGUGGAAAGAUAUUUCAAACCAGCACUGUUCAUCAGUUUGAACUCUCAUCUAGUCAAGAUGUGCUGCCAAAAAGGAGAAAGAUCAGCGAACCAAAGGAGCAGUUUUAG